GAUUUGCGCCAUUGGUCAUCCCUUUGGAAGGUUUUUCCACAGGAAAAAUUUCAAAAAAAUCGCUGCCCCCCCCUCUCUUGCUACUUCUUGGUCGAAUAGACGUGGAAUGGCCCGGAAGGAAAUGUAAGUUGACAACACAGAGCCAAGCUUAGUGAAUUGUUUCGAGGAAAAUUAAAAUUGUCUCAGUGAGUUCAUCUGUUUUCUAUUCUUUAUCAUUCUCUGCCUCUAUUUGUCCUUCCAAACAGCGCGAAGUGACGUAUAGGGAGGUAUUGUUUUGGGUUGAAAAUGAACUUUGGAAUUUACCCUCGAUAAAAGCAGUGCAUCGGCAUCGCCAUGGUGUUUCUCAUUUUUACAAUUUUACAGUAGGUAUAGGUACUUACUUUCUGUUCGGAAAGGUUUUGAUGCGUAGACUACGAUUUAUUUAGCCUAUUUUUUACGUGUUUUAUUUAUAAAUUAAAGUGAAAAUGAUUGGUAUUGAUAAUGAUAUAAUAACACGUGUUUUGAUUUGUUUAUUUUUAUUUUACUUCGAUCCAAACUGCAGAGUCUUAUGCGAUGAAGCGAUAGAGCCGAAAAGUACCACCAAUUUUUGCGACGUACCCACCCUAUUACCAAAUGCAAAUAUCACAUACAAAUGUAUCAACCAAAUCAAGAACGAAUCAAAAAAUUGUGUUUCCAAUGGAAUAGCUAUCGAAUCGACGAUGGUUAAAAUCACGUGCGACCCUGGUUAUUCUACAAAUGGUGAAGACGCAUUGGUAACAAUUUGCUAUGAAAAGGAAUGGGUUCCUCCUAUAAAAGGAUGCAUUAGUAAGCAAAAGUGUAAAAAGCUGAAUCCUGUAAACGUUCACUUGGAAUGCUUUCGUAAAAAUAUUUCCAUCCCUUGCGAUGAAAAAUUUCUAGUUUCUGGAGUGACGGUGCGUCCAACAUGCAAUUACCUCACGUUAGGAUUUCACUCAUACUACCCUGGUCAUCAAGAAAUACACUGCCAAGAAGAUGGAAACUGGGAUAAUGAUUUGCUUUCCUGUGUUCAAGAUUGCGGUCUAUUACCAAGCUCAAACGAUUCAAAAACCUGGGGCAUGCCAUGGGAUGUCGUUAUUCUACGAGAUAUGAAAAAAAUAUGCUUUGGCACUAUAAUUAGUCCUAGAGUAAUUCUAACCUCUGAAUUCUGCAUGCUCUUCAAUAUUCACAAUUUCGACCUUGAAUCUAUGAUGCAAAAUCCCUUGGAUCCCGCAGUUUUCAAAGUUGGCAUUAUGAAUGAUGUAAAUUAUCACAAUAAUACAGUAUGGAUGAGAAGUCUAAAGCAUAAUACAUCCAAACUGAACUUUUCUGAAAAAGACAAAAAUUUUACACCGCUAAAGAUUAAAGAAUUUCGUUAUUUCAAGAAUGGAAAGCAAGACAAAUCCCUUCUUUAUGAUGUAUUAAUAGUAAUCAUGGAAGAAGAAGUCAAUUUUAACUCGCGUGUUCACCCAGCAUGUGUUGAUUGGGAAAAUCGCAAUAGACUAAAUAUUACUACUGGAAUCGCAAAGGUACAACAAUAUGAUCCGAACCCAGAAGAAUUCAGUGCCAAAGAUCACACUUUCUUGAGUCAUGACGCGUGCCAAAAAAAUCCAACAUACCCCUACACCGUGUUCAACUGGGCAAAUAUCAUGUAUGGUUUCGAUGAGGAAGACAAAGACCCGAAUAAUUUCAAAAUUUUCAACUUCGAUCCAAAGAAAAGAAACCAGACUGCUCUCCACAAAGGAAAAUUGUUUUGCCUAGAGGUGAAGCAAGAUGAAUCGACUCUUUUUGUGAUUGUAAGCGGAAGCGGAGUCAUGAUUGAAAAAGAUCACCGCUAUUUUAUUCGAGGAAUUGCAGGAAGACGAUUCAUCAGAGCCCAGAAAAACAACGAUACUUCCUUCAAAUAUUUUUUAAAUUACAUUCAUCUAAUUGCAAACUUUUCGUACGAAAAUUUUUCAAAAAAUAUUAUUCGUGCAGUUAUUAAUGGGUCAGUUGAUGUUCGUUUUAUUGAUUCAGCAGUGCACUUCUUUAAUUAUAACUUUGCAAGUCUUGUACAAAGUCACCUCAAAUCAGGCGGAGCCGAGUUGCUGAAUGGCAAAGAAAAAUUAAUUGAUGUUACAGAUAUAGCUGACUAUGUAGAUUGGCUGAAACAUGUUGUAGCUGAAGUUGACCCGUAUUAUAAGCCUAUCAUACACUGAAGGAAUGGUUUUUAAGACUUGUUUAGAUUUUUUACUAAGCACCACUUUCUUAAUUUUUUUUUCAUGUCAGUUGAGUCAGGUAUGUACCUACUCAUGUUGUAGAAAUGUCUGCGGUGAAUGUGAAAAAGUGUCGUAGUAGUAUAUAGGUAUUCCGAAAAUAUCUGUAAAUAUUCACUUUAUAACCCAUUAAAAUUCUGAAUUUC